CAGCUUUUGCUUCAGUCCUGCUCAUUGUGUUGGUGAGGAUGAUGAUGAUGAUGAUGAUGAUGAUGAUAAUAAAGAUACUAUUGAUGUUCUUUCAAGAAGUUCAGGUUGAUGAAAUUAUACAGAUCGUCACAAUAAACACAAGUUUUUUCAUUCUGAAGUAAUUGUCCAAAGUCAUUAUUCACGUAAAUUCAGACUGCACUAUUAUAAUUCCAACAUUUUACUUAUGUUUUCACUAGGUAGUUCAUCUACAACAGAAAGGGUAUAAUGCCCAAUUGUAUCUUGAUCUUUGUAAAAAAAAUAACCUUUAAACAUUUCACUUUUGAGAAAGAGUGGGAACCAGAAUUUAUCAUCAGGCCACAUCUUUGCGAAAGGUACAUCUUGAAUGGAAAACCAUUGAGGUUUCAUUUCAUCACUCUCUACAAGUUGUCCAGUAAAUUGACUUGUAGUAAAUACAUGAACUUCCAAAAUUUUGGGGUCACCAGCAAAUUCAAAAUCAAGAAUGCCAAUGUACUUCAGAUUUUCUACAAUCAAGCCACUUUCUUCCCUGAGUUCUCUUACAGCUGCAUCAUGAAUACUUUCACCUGCUUCCACUUUACCCCCAAAUCCAUUCCAUUUUCCUUCACCAAAACCUCUUUUCUUUAACCCCAGUAAAACUUCUUCAGCAUUUCGCACUAAAGCUAAAGUAAAACGUUUUCUGAAACUCAUUAUGAAUCACACUAUAUACUCUGUUAAACUAUUAUCGAGGCCAACUGCCUAUUUGCAAACGUUACAGCGAUGCGAUGAGGAGAUGGCAAUCAAUUGCACGUGAAAUGAUAUUAAAGUGAAAAACCGUUAACCGAGUAAUAAGAGACCACUGAAUAUUAUUUAAACUCAAUGCUUAUAUCAUUCUAUCAUAUUGCAAUUAAUUUCGGUAAACAUUCUUACGUUUCAGUCAAACAGUAGCCAUUCAAAACAAUGUUCUCAAGGAUUAACCCUAUUAUCUGGUUUCGUCGAACGGGAAUACAUUUUUUUUUCAAUUAUAUUGUAAAAUAUUAUUGCUUUGGUUUCAUCGAAUGGUUAAUUUAGCGUAUAAUACAUCAUUAAGUAGGAACAUGUGAGGCUAUGGUCAAUCAAACUCCGCGCCUCGAUCUAAAUUAUAGGAAGACGUGAUUACUGAAAAAUUCCAUAAUAUAUUAAUAAGUAAACUCUAAUGUACUGUUUAUCUUAAAAUACACUUUAUUUAAUCAAAUGUAGACUUAACCCAACAUCAAAAUGCCGUUCUCGAUCUAAAGGGGCGGAAACACGCCAUCUUGAUUAACAGGAUGGGCUGCGACGGGUGUUGAUGUGUAUUCUGUGAUUCGUCGGUAAUGAAUGGGAUUGUCAUAAUUUUCUACAUAUUGUUUCUUUUGGAGUUUUAAUGUUUCAAAUGUUCCAAUAAACUCUUCCAAGGUGUGUAUAUUGCAUUUUAACAUCAUUUUUAACAAGAUAGAAGGUUUUCUGUAUAAUGAUGGUUUUAUUUACGUGAUAAAAUGCCAAGCCCUUGAAACCUUUGGUUAUGGGUCAUAGUGACGUGUGGAUUUCGUGUUAUUUAAUAGAGUGUGUCGUUUUUGUGUUUGUAAAAAUAACAGAAUAACCAGCCUACAAUUAUUAAUAAUACGAAUGUUUUAUAGUAUUGGAUUGUCAGCCAAGUGGUGGUAUGUCAAAGUGGGACAGUGACUAGGAGGAACUUCCUGAUUGCAAAGAUUUUCCUUCUAGGAUUUCCCGUAAUUCGUUUCGUAGUGGAUGUGGUCCAACAUUUAAACAAAUCGACCAUGAAGUGUGUUCUAAGGUCUUGUUACAUUUUAAAGGACUAUUUUGUGUAGAAAGUGAUGUUGAUAUUUCAGAAUGUUAUGUAAAUAAAAUAAUUUGUGUGCUGUUAUAAAGUGAAAUGUUGCAGAUUAUAAAUUUAAACGUUAAAGUUCGGGAAGCCACAAGCAACGAUCCAUGGGGUCCAAGCAGUACAAUUAUGUCUGAAAUUGCAGACCUUACUUAUAAUGUAGUUGCAUUCACAGAGAUUAUGCAGAUGAUUUGGAAACGUCUAAAUGACCAUGGUAGAAACUGGCGUCAUGUUGCACAGCAGUGUAAAGAAAAUAUAUUUGCUAUUCAGACAUUAAAAGACUUUCAACACUUUGAAGGCACAAAAGACCAAGGGUUGAAUGUUCGAGAGAAAGCCAAACAGCUGGUACAAUUGCUGAAGGAUGAUGAGCGGCUGCGGAAUGAAAGAGCGCGUGCUCUAAAAGCUAAAGAGAGAUUUGCUCAAGCUGCUUCUGGAUUUGGAAGUGAUGGAUCAGAGGCUCUGUCUCCCCCGAGCCCAAGUUUCCCGUCACAAUUCCAGACCCAGUGGCCAUCAUCCUGUGAAUCUGAUUCAACAUCUAGAGAGCUGGAGACAGCGCGGCCACAAACGGUUGGGGAGGAGGAGCUCCAGUUGCAACUGGCGCUGGCCAUGUCGCGCGAGGAGGCUGAGCAAGAAGAGCAAAGGCGACGCUCUGAUGAUGUGCGACUGCAAUUGGCGCUCUCUCAAAGUGAAGAAGAAUUUAAAAAUCAACAUAAAGAUGGCCAUGAUAAGCGUAGCCAUAUGCUGGACCUUCUGGACGUAAAUUUGGACACACGAGGUGCUGCAGCAGCAGCAGCAGCAGCUUCCUCAGCCUCUGCCAGUCCCAUAGCCUCUGUGCUGGCUGGUCCUGCGCAGCCCCCAAGAGUCGUUGACCCCUGGGGGUUCCCCCAGCCCGUGGCUGCACCCCUGCAUACCACUCCUCCACGGCCACAGACUUUGGACAUCUUGUAUUCAUGUUGGGAUGUGAAUGACCCAUGGAGCAGCCCCGCCUCUGUGCCCAGUGCCUCUUCUAUGACUUCUCCACAAUCUGGUGAUCCCUGGGCACCUGUGCCGAGAGAACCUACUCCUAAAUCAGUGGUGAAUGACCCCUGGAGAGCCAUUUCCCCCCAGCCACAGGCUGAGCCUCUGCCUGAGCCUCGGCUCCCUGCACGGCCGCCCCAGGAUCCCUGGUCUCCCAGCACAAACACUGACCACUCGAGCCCCGGCGCCACCAGCCCCAGCGGGGAUCUCGACGACUUUGAUAUCAUCACCAACCGACAAAGGCCACCCGCCAGCCAGCAGCUCAUCAACAAUGCCAACACACUUAAUAAUAAUGGUGGCACUUUGUCACCAGAUCCGUUUGAUUUGAGUGUCUUGGAUGACACACUGUCAGACAGCAAACAGUCGGUAAACAAGAAAACUCCCCACAGUUUUCUGGGAGAAAAUUCAUCAUUGGUGAAUUUGGACAACCUGGUUGCCAGACCUGCUUCUGCAUCACCUUCCACAGUUCCUGCAGUGCCUGUCGCAAGUGCCAACCCCUUUGCAGGGGUGGGGUCUGCCCAGCAGCCGAGCGUUUUCCCGCAGCCAGCGCCUCCUGCGGUGAGACCGUGCAUGAACCAGAUCCGACAGCAGCCGUUCGGCAGCCCUGCCCUGCCCGCGGUGCCCGCAGCAGAGAGUGCGUGGGCAGCAGCGCCGGCGGUGCCCCUGCGGCCGCCCGUUCUGCCCGCUCCUCUGCUGCCUUCCAACCAGCCCAACCCCUUCCUCUCCUAACACCCUCUCUUCCCUCGAGCGACUCCAACCCUCUCUACUUUCUCCACCUGGGUCCUCCAGACUUGAGUCUGUUUCGCUGUUUCUGUGUAUAUGCUUAAAUGUAUCAUAUUGCAGUGGUUUAGUGCUGCUUUUGCUAAGUUGUAUAUUUUGUCAUUUGCAGAGGCAUGUGUGACGAUAAAAUAGUUCUUGUGAAACUGACUUCUAUUACACACAACAAUAAGUCACCUGAAUUGGUUUUGUAAAAUGCAAGCAGUUGAUACAGUGUGAUUUGUAUUAUGUUCUCAAAGAAAUAUGAUUGAUAUUAUGAAAUGGUGAGGUAUCAGGACAUCUUAAAAGUGCCACUCCCUAAUUAAGUGUUGAUGGAUUUGGUAUUAGAACUUGAUAAAAAGGGACAAUUCUUAUGGUGAUUUACUGAAGGAGAAGUUUUACUGAAUGUACCUUAUUACUACUGGUAUGUUUAUUUUAGAAGUGCUGCUAACCAUGGUUACUUGUGACCUGCCAUGUUUGGUGCUGGUUCUGUGAAGAAGCUAACACUUUUCCUUGGUAUUGUGUAAAGAGUACUGAUGAGAUAUGAUGAGACUGCUCACUGGUUGUUCCCAGUGUAAGAAUGAAGAUUUAUAUACAUUGCAUUUUUUACAAAAAAAAGAAAAAAACAGUAAAUGACAAUCUUGUGUCUGCAAAACUUGACUAUUGCAGUCGCUAGAUCAAUUUCAUGAGAGCAAUUUUUUGAAGCCAGUUAUUGGAGGUUCCUCUUUUAUGAAAUUUUGCUGCGUGUACAUUGCUUUUUUAGCUGUUGUUUGUGAAAAGAAGUUCCUGGCCUGGCAAAGGUGCACAUCGUCUUAGAAAAAGUUUGUCAGAAUGCUAGAACGGUAUUUCUCAUUGAUUCUUGAUUAACUCAAACUAAAUAAGGCUUUAAAGAGUAAUUUUGCAAUAAUUAGUUGUUUUCUUUUAUGAAGUUGUGUAUGGGAGACUGAUUCUUAGAGAUUCAGUUUAGUUUCUUACAGUGCAGCUAUGGGCUUGACAAUUGUGAUGAAACAUCACUUAUACAAUGGAACAGUAUUGAAAUUUAGAUAUGAUAUUUUUCUAUUCCAUUUAAUAGUAUUGACUAUCAGGUAAUUGUAAAUAUUCAAAUAUGCUCUUUGCUCUUUGUUGUUAUAAAACUUCUCAAUUAUGAGCAGUUUUGAGGACACUAGCAAUCAAUCACAAGAACUCUUGUGUAAUCGUUAGCUCAGGUAAAGAGUAGGAAGUUACAAAUAAGAGAAAUUGUGGAGGAAGUAGGGCAGGGCAGGGUGCAUUGCAAUAGAAGUAUAUUUGACAGAGAGAAUGCAAGUGUCUUUAUUUACAACUUGGUUACUCAACAACCAAAGUUAGACUGGAAAAUUAUAUUCAAAUUACAUCUUAACCUGUAGCUGUGGAUGUCAGAAAUUUCGUCCAAAACUUAGUUUUAUUUGUAUGCUUAUCACUUUGAUACAAUGCAAAUAGGCAAACAUGAGCACCGAGUGCUUUUUGUAGCUUGAUUAAUUUUCUUACUCUUGUAAUUUUGUAAGAGGAAAUUGUCAAGAAGUUACAGUUAGCUAUUGAAACUUACCCAUUUUAACGUGGCACAGUUUCCAGCACUGUUUGUAUUAUAUCUUGCCUUCACAUGGCAAAGUUUUAUGUCUUAAUAUUACUGCUCCAUUCCACAUUUGAAAUACUGUUAUGUUGUACAUGACACCAUCUGUAUGUAAAUUAAGGAAGUACAGAUGGUGCCCACAUUACAUUGCAAUCAAUUAUAUUAUGUAAGUUUAUUUUAUAUUGUGUAUAUUUCUUUUACUGUAUUAUACAUUACAAUUUAGUAUUGUAAAUGCAAGAGAUAAUUUGAUAAAAAUGAAUCUACUCUACACCCAUCUGAAGAAUAAACUGAACAUUUUAAAGAUUUUUUUCCCCUAAUUUUGUAUCUCUUACCAAUGCUAGGAUCUGCUCAUCCAAUUUGUAAUUAUGGUUGGGGGAAGUAGUUGGAUAUAAUUGGUUACAGGUUUUAGUUGCAUGUAUUGUAUUGUUUUCUCUGUGUAACUUUUGUACUAAUGCUAAUACAUGUGAAGAGGCAUUCAUAUUAUCGUGUAAUAAUUCAUUUAUUUCUUUGUCUUAUUGUAAAGUUUUAUGAAAACCCUAUUUUGAAGGCAGCUUGUAUUUAGCAUUCUGUCAGAAAUUAUUAAAAAAAAUUUAUUUUAGUCAUUGUUACAUUUAUGUUAUGUGUAUAGGUAAUUAUGGUUUAUGAUAUAGUUGUGCUAACUUAAUGCUAUUUAUAUUAUGUAAAUAUGAAAUGUCUGAGCUUUCCUGUUGUGUUGGACAUUCUGAUUUAAGUGAAAAUAAAGAUUAUUCACUGGAUGAAAUUUGCAAUUUUCAUCUCAAUGUUUAAAUUUGGUAAUAUUUCAUUUCAUGUAUGCAUCAUUAUGCCCGUUAUGAUGAGUAUAUUCUCAAGACAGAAUGGUUUAUUUGCUGAGUGUUAUUUACAAUGCUAAUACAUGUGCAUACUAAUCAUUUUUUUUAAACUAGUGAAAGCUUAAUACUCUGUGAUCUAAAUCAGGAGUGGCAAACCCUUUUUUAUGCAAGUGCCAUACUUUACCAUUGUUUCUGUCCAAUCAUUGGUGCCAGAAAAUUGUUAAUAGGAAAUAAACAGUAAAAAUUAAAUUGUUACAAAAUUUUAUUUAUUUAAAGAGUUGACUUAAAAAUUCACAAAAUAAUUGUAUACAUUUUCCCAUUAAAAAGUCAACCCUAAUAUCUUUUAUUAAUGAGAUUUUUGUUGUAUUUCAGAUGACAAAUGUUACACAGUUACUCACAAAACUAUUUGCAUAUUCGAAAUUUAGCAGAAUAAUUAUGGAUUAGAAAAAUUAAAAGAAGAAAAUAAAUGUAUUAAAGUAAAUGAUCAGAUUACAUUCAUAAUCAGUUACUAGGUAUUUAAGGAAGUCAUGAAAAUCACAAUAAUCAACUGAUACUUUUACAUUUGAAUUUGUUGUAAUAGAAAUAUAAAGAAAUAUGUCUAGUAAAUAAUGUUCAAACAGAAAAACAUGUAAAAAAGGCAGUAAGAGAGUUUAAUAUGUUGAAGCCAUCCCCUUUUGCUGCAACACUUUCUUCAGUCUAUUUGGUAAACUUAGUACAAAGUUUUUGGGUACGUA